AGGAGGUUCUGGAUGCCCGAGACUACAAUUGCCAGUAAAAUCUUGGCGUAUAUAAAAACAUUCUCGUCGUUAAGAAUAGCUCUAACUUCUCCAACGGGUCGACUCAACUUAGCAGCUAUAAAAUGUAGCCAUUGUCAAAAUUCAUAUCGUGGGAAUUUUCACCGAAGUUUGAAUGAAGUGCAUGAUGCCACUAUCAUUCAUGAGGUAUUUAUGAAAAGAGCUAAGAAAAAAGUCACGCCAGCGUUUGUGGAAACGUCGUAAUUAAACAAUUCGUUUCUUUUUCGCAAGUUUUGCUUAAGAUAAUGGUGGAAGGAAUCGCUUUCCAAAAUUGGGUUUUCAUCCUAAUUAUGCUUCAAACAACUCAUAGUGAACACAUAGAUUGCCGGCAAAGAGCAGAUUUGAGGUAUAAUGGAACAGCAAUUGAUUGUUCACACACGGGUAUCCUAAGGGUCCCCGACAAACUUCCUGUAAACACCACAACUCUAGAUCUAACGUUUAAUAAUAUAACAAUUCUAUAUAACAAUAAUUUCUUACAUCUAGUUAAUCUGCGAUAUCUUGAUGUUAGUUUUAAUCCUAUCCAUACUUUACAGUCAUCAUCAUUUAACGGAUUAUCAUCAUUGUUGAUAUUGGAAUUUAAUGGACAUGUGUUGGAUUAUAGUGAAACUUCCAUGCCAGUUAAUGUUUUUAAACCCCUUCAAUCACUUACCAACCUAAGUAUGAGAUCAGAUGUUUCACGGUUUCCUCUAAGACAAUUUGAUUUACCUGACCGGGUUUUUGGAUCACUCACAAAUUUAAGACAUUUAAAUAUUGACACCGGCUCUAAAACCGUAUUCAAAUCUGGUUUUUCAAAUUUGACUGAACUCCGGUAUUUGGUUAUAGGUGAUACGCUAGUUCACGGUACUUCAUUUGCGUGUGGACUUGGAACCUUAACUAACGAAACCCUUAAAGGUCUCUUGAAAACACAGAUAACAUAUCUACAAUUAAAUAGCUGCAAUUUGCAAAUAUUCCAUCGUGAUUCACUUCAGUAUUUGACUAACUUAACAGAUUUCAUUAUGCAAAGCACAUCAUUAAUGAAAGGAGGUUUGCAGGAUGUUUUCCAAGCCUUGAGUGUGUAUCGAGAUAAGACCAUGUCAACUGUUUCCAUUACCAAUUUUGAGUCCGAUAGCAAUGAUAUCGGAACAGCGUCUUCAAUUUCUGUAAAAACCGUAUACCGUAUAUGUGUUAGCCAUAUUGAUUUAAGUUCAAGUUCCAUAAUAUAUAUAGAUUUUGAAGGAGUACCCCCGUUUAAUUGUCCCCUAAUGAAAUGCAUGAAAUCUAUCAAACUAAGGCAUAACAAAAUUACCCUUGGUAGUCUACAUAAAAUAUGGUUUCUUUUCGUCCGACUUUUUUCAAACCUAGAAACGAUUGACAUAUCUCUACAGAGGAAAUUUUCUGUUGAUGAUCCGACAUCGGUACAUCGGCCGGGCCAUACACAUCUUCCCAUUGGGAUACCAGUCUUACUUCCCCCAAAAAUCAAAUCAAUAAAUGUUGCUGGCAUAUCUGCACACACCGGACCUUUGUUCGAUAUUUAUUUUUUGAAUGGAAACAAACUGCAGUCAAUAAAUGUCUCCUACUCUGGCUUCUCAGAUUUUAACCAUACAAUUAUAGGCCUUAAAAAUCUGGAAAUUUUGGAUUUCAGUCACAAUGACAUGAGCACCACCAGUGAAACGUUUUUUGAUACAUUUCCAAAACUGAAACAAUUACGUUUAAACUGCGUACAAUUUGAUAGUAACUUUCUAUCACAACAUGGUAAAAGACUGUUUAGUCCUUUAAAAAAUCUAGAAAGCCUUGAUUUAUCAGACAAUGGCCUGGUGUUUUUACCAUAUGAUAUAUUCAGCUCUUUUGUUACAUUAGAAGUUGUUAAUCUGGCGUUUAAUAACUUGAUCACAAUACCAGAUUUAACAUCUCUUGAUAAACUGGAUUUUAUAGAUCUGAGUCACAACUCAUUUACAACACUUGAAAAUAAAUACAGACUGAUGUUUGAUAUAACAGCAGAAAAUAAUAAUGAGUUCCAUUUGUCACUUUGGGGAAACACCUUCUCCUGUAUUUGUGAAUCGACUGGGUUUUUAAUUUGGUUACAAGAAACCAGUGUUAAGUUAGAUGGUGGUAAUUAUUCUUGCAUGGACUUUACCGGGAAGAUGAGCUACACUAAAGUACUUCAAACCCAGUGGAAAGCGUUUCAGAGACACUGUGUUUCAGGAUUUUGGUUAAAUAUGGCUAUGGGUGGAGCAAGUGUGGUUGUUGUUACUCUAAUUACAACUUUUGUUUUCAUCAAAAAUAAGAUGAAGCUAAAAUUAAUACUUUUAAGAAUGAUCGGACAAAAUAUUUAUCCCAAGAAGCGGAAUGAAUUUCUGUAUGACGCCUAUAUAAUCUACACUGAUUCUAUUUACAGUUGGGUUUGUAACGAACUAAGAACUGAACUAGAAACCAAUCGUAAAAUAAAAUUAAACAUACGUGACAGAGAUCAUUUACCCGGUGGUUCUCACGCAGAUGAUAUAUUAGAAGCUGUUAGAGACAGUUGGAAAAUAAUUUUAAUUUUAACCGAAGAUUUCCUGAAAAGUGAUCUGGCAUAUUUUACAAUGUGUAACUGUUUGUCAGCUAUGACACUUACAACACCACAACGAUUAAUCAUUGUAAUCGAUCAUCAAAUGACAAUACCUACUAAUAUCGAUUUCGUGUUGGAAGCUGUUUCACAAAGAAAUAUUAUUACUGCUGACAUUGAAACGGCAAAUACAUGUUUUAAUUACUCCAGGUUGGCCGAUAUAAUCGUGUAUGAAGAAACGGCACAAUAAUUAUUUUGUAACCCAGGAUAGCCUUAAUGCCCUUUUUAAUGGCCCUGUUUAGUAAGUGUUGAUUCGUAUAACUUUUAAUAAACAUUUACGAAACGAAGGGAAAAUAAUCUCCAAUUUUAGUUUUCACAAGUUUCAACAUCAUGUUUAAACAUACAUUAUGCAAGAGCUAAAUCUGCAUAUUGCAGGUAUUUCUUUAGACCUGGAAUAUUAUCAAAAUUAUUAAUUAGACAUUAAUUAACUUAUCCAGACCAUAAUCAACUCGUGAUGUCAUCGCUAGCCUGCGAUAUUUACUGGAUUGGAACCCGAUCUGCUGCUCAACACUCAUUGAUGAUUAAAUAAAAAAAUGGAUAAUCCAGA